UAGCGAUGUCCCUCGCGCAUAUUCUUGUGCCAGUGGUGAUUUCAUAGUAUAUCAAUUGAAAUACUAACAGAAACACAUACAGGGUUCAGCUAAAGUACGCCCUUUUCAUCACUCGAAAUCUGUAGCCUGAGUGAAUAUGAUUAGUUCGACGAAAACAUUCCCAUACGAUGAAAACUGCAUUUGUCGGCUAUCACUUAGAGGGCGCAGGGCAGGCAAAAUCAUGUUUUGUUUACAUUAGACACAAACCGUCUGCUUGAGAUUUCGUUCGAGAGCUUGUUAGUUGGUUAGCGAAGUUGGCAUGUUUUCUAAUCUUUUUGGUCAUUUUUUGUGUGUCUCAGUGUGCUAACCAGCGCUUCAAAAAAACGUGUCAAAAGUGUGUAGUGCCCCGAGUCUCCGGUCGGCGCCGGUCAGCAAUGUCCUCACCGGACAGCAACGCGCCUACCGCCGACUCUAACUCGAAUUUAGAUUCAGCCGCUGACGAGAAAACCAAGGACUCGAUCAUAUCACAGGAGUCUCAUAACUCACAGAAUUCUUCUAAGAUCUCAGAUAAUCCUAUGGAACCACAUGACGGAGUGCUGGAUUUUGAGGAAGACGGUCCGGAGCCAGGAGACAAUAAGUACGAUGAUGCCAAUUCCCGCUCGCCUUCCGUUUCGCCGUUCCGAUCUGGUUGUGGGAGUCCGGCCGGCGGCAAACCACCGGCUUGUGAUGACGGUAACGAUGAAGUGAGCAAAGACGGAGCCGACGAAAUUGAACUCCCUGAAGAAGGAGAGGAAAAGGAAGAUCAACAAGACGAAGAUGAAGACGAGGAUGACAAGGUGGUUGAAAAAGAAAAACAAAAGAAAAAACGUAGUGAAAGUGACCUCGAAGACGGCGAAGUAACGGAUUCUGAAGAUGAGGAGGGCGAACGUUUCAGCAGCCCCUCUAAGGCUGACAAAGAUAAGCCGGCUGUGUGCCGAUUUUUCAGUCGAGGACAAUGCACGUGGGGCAAUCAAUGUCGUUUUAUUCACCCAGGUAUGCAGCCCGGUGGACCAGGAGGCCCGAUGAGCGGACCACCUGGCCCUCCCUACGGCGGCCCGCCUCCACACCCACCCCAUGGGCCACCGCCACGUCUGUUUGGUGGGCCCGGUGGGCCAUUUCCACCAGGACCCCAUUUUCCGCCACCUCCAAUGGCACCUGUGGAGUCCGCAUGGGAACGCGGUUUACGUAACGCGAAGGAAAUGCUCAAAGAGGCUAAUCGGCGGCGCGAGGAGGAUCCCGCCUUUGAAGACCGCAAGCUGCAUCAAGGGUUGCAGGCAUCCCCUGUCAGGGAUUUGUCACCUCCACGCGUCUCACCAUCACCUUCGCCACCUCUACGUAGCAAAAUGUAUGGAACAUACGAACGGCACCGUGAAGUCCCUCGUUCCUUGUCGCCGGUAAAUGUCGAUCGUUUACGACAGGAGCGAUAUGCAGCGGCUGAAAGGGAACGAGCACGUGCCGGUCCUGGAGAUGUCUGGAGAGAUCCGUGGAUGCGGUCAAAAUCACCGAUUCGUGGUCGCCCACGCCGCAGGAGCAGAAGCUGGUCGUCACGAAGCUCUUCUUCAUCAUCAGGCAGCUCAUAUUCGUCGUCACGAAGUUCUUCAUACUCAAGAUCACGUUCUCGUGACCGAAGACGUAACUACGGCGGCCGGAGUGGUCCCCCCAUGGGAAGAGGACCACGCGGGGGUGGUGGGGGAGGAGGAGGCGGGGGGCGUCAGAGGUACCCGUCGGAACGAGGUGGGCGACUGGUUGCUAGCCCGUCACCUACCCGAUAUAGACGAGGGGGUAUAAAUACGGCUGGCACUGGAGGCGGAAGGGGUCGUAGACGAUCUUCGUCCUCAAGUUCAUCGUCCUCCCGGUCUCCCUCGCCUCGUCGUAGAAGGUACAGCCGCUCCAAGACACCUGAAGGUAUCCCACGCAGACCCCGGCAAGUAUCACCACUUGGUCGUCCGAUAGGAACUCAAAUAAAAAUGAAUUUACUUGACAAGUCAAAAAAGCUUCCCGUGAAGCGGCCGUUCAGCGCGAGUCCUAGUCGAUCGCCAUCCCGCAGUCCAAAGAAGCUUCGUGUUUCACCGUCGCCACCGCCGAAGGCAGUCGAGAAAGAAAACAAGGACAAGAAAAAGGAAAAGGACAAAAAGUCGGACGCGGCGAAACGCGACGAACUGAUGCGCCAACUGAAGGCUGUUGAAGACGCCAUCGCUAAGAAAAAGGCCAAAACCUAAAUAAAUAAAACUGCGAUAAAGCCGAGUAUUGCCGAUUACUGAUUAUGGGGUAUCAAGUACGAUUACGAUUUUGAUGACUCUAAUUCUGUUGGGGACCGGGAGUGCUUGAAGCUCCAAGAAGGAUGUCUUCAAUUGUUGCAACUGUAUCUAGAUUUUGUGAAUUUCUCAAGGCUUGUAUUUUCCGAUAAAGUAUAUUACCAUAAAGCGCUGACGAUUAAGAAAAUCAUUAUUAAACUAUUAUUAUUAUUAUGAUAACUAGUAUAAUUAUUGUACUAUUAUUUUAUAAUUACAUUAUCAUGGAGGCAAUGUAUAUCAAUAAAUUCGCUAAGCACAUACUACCAUUAAUUUUCAUUUUUAAGGCUGAUAGACAUAUAUGAUAAACUCCGUUCGUUUGGGGUGAACGAAGGGAUUGAAGGCUAUAGCGUUCGAUUCUCAUUUCAUGAUUAACGUUUAGCUGACACUUAUAUCGAUGUGCUCCAGAGCCGCACACUAUAGAAGUUGACGCCGUGCGCGUAUCUUAAAUGUGUACAGCGUUUCAUGGAAAUGUUUAGAGCCAUUAAUUAAUAGCCGUGUAUGAUAAUAAUAAGCCGCUACGGCAGGCGGCGGAUUUGCUAUCAUUCUCCGCAGCCGUCAACAUGGAGACGAUAGCCUAUUAUUCUCGCUAAUCCAACUAUUAGUAUUAUGAAAACCAACGGAAACGCAAGACUAAUAGUGGGAAAACUAUGUAAAAAGUAUCUACCAUGUUUCAUAUUUACUUGUGCUCUGCGACUGUGUACAACUGUGCCCUCUCCGAGUAAUUCGUCAUCCGAAUUGUCACAACAUCAAGUACUGUUUCUAUUAAUAAUAAGUAAUUGUUGUCAAAGAAAUAAAAAUGUUUAGUUUUUUUUUUGUCACCUUUAAACAUUAAAGUAACUGUAUUCGUUCGGAAAAAUACAAAAGUCACACACUGCCGCUGGAAAAGUUUCGAACUGGUAAACUUUACUUUUCACAUUGGUAACCUAAUAAAGGUAAGAAAUGAUUGUACAAUGACUGUAAUGGGUUAUAUGGAAAAUGCGCCCGCUAUAAUGCUCUGUUUGCUGUAGUGAUGGAAUGCGUUCAUUAAUUAAACCCUUCAACUGUAAAGACUAACGAUAGACUGAAUAAAUUCAUACAUUACACAUAUUCACUUUGUUGUACCUACCAAAUCAUUCAUUUGAUUAUUUCAAAACUUAUUUACCUCGUUCGGUUAUUUUUGUUUAUAUCCGAAAAGGCAUUUACGUCUAAAACUGGCCAUGGAACUGAUAUUUUUUUAACGAAUUCGUCAUUAUUUUGGACAGAAACUGGCUCAUCGAGGUUAACGAACUUGCGUUUCUGAGAGUAGUAAAAAUGUGAAAAUCUAAAGGAGCGAGUGGCUAACGGUUGGUAGCUAAAUUAUUAUAAACUUAUGUGUAUGCUGGACUUCAGAUUUUACACGCGGAAUUUUAGCACGUCUUGUCAAUGAUGUGUUUGUAAAGGCUUAAUUUAUUUUUAUUAAUUUUGUAUUCACAAUUUUACCUUAAGACAAAAAAAGUGUUUCGAAGAGCGUCAGAAGUGUAUUGGAGAAAAACUAGAUGAAUUUCUUUAUUCUUGCCCUCGGCCUCAAUAAGCAUUACAAAAUUCUAAUCAACUGAGUACAUCAAUUGGCUAAUUGAUCGAUAGUGUCUUAAAUCCACUCUAGAUACAAGUAUAAAAUUGUGACGUUUCAUAAUUCUCGUCAGUCUCAUCGUGUUUUUCUAGAACUGUACUUGAAAAUUAUUGGGAAAAAAUCGAGUUGGAGUUUGCUCAACGACUACUCCAGAGCGAGCAAUGAUUAGUUAGUGAGAAUUUUGGUAA